AUGAGGGAGUCUUCCAGAAAGAACGUGCUGGAGAAAGAGACUUUAUACUACUUCCGUCAAAGCUCAGACGUCCACCGGGAUCUUGAGGGCUCGUUAGCUCUGGACCCUUCAUUAACACGCGCUGUCCUAUAUGUACACGCCGUGGAGCGUCAUUCUGCCUUUAAAGACGGAGAACAAGGGACUUCCCGGGCGGUCCAGCGGCUCCAGGCUUCCGCUGCAGGGGCCAAGGAAUCCAUCCCGGGUUGGGAAACAGAAAGAAACACAACCCAAAACAGACAGACACCGUCAAGCACUCAGCUAAAGUCAAAGAGGAUUGGGACGGCAGAACCCAAGAGGCUCAGGAGACCGCGGUCUCUGCAUUUUGCUUUGAGGACAUUGGAAAACGAACUGAGAAACGAACAACACACACAUGAACCCACGGCCGCAGGAAGAGGCGUCCCCCCGGCUAUGUCAACAGCUAGCCUGUUGAAACUCUGGAGAGUCUCUUGA